GGUAUCACUUCCUUUACAACGGUGACCAUGCAGCUUGAAUCCUUAUAUGAUGAGACAAGAAAAUGGUUCUUUCUCAUGCCGCCCAUCUUUGGUCCGCUUCAAUUUCUCUUCGAUGCCCCGUUCGGAAGAUUUUCUCCAUCCAAUGACAGUAUCUUCCUUGUGGAUGGAAUCAAGGCCUGGAUUGUCAUGGAAUUAGUCUCCCCUAUCACAUUCAUCACCGUACUAUACCGCGGGCCCUAUGCGGCACCAUUGUCUGCGAUGUCCACUCCCCAGGUCAUCCUCACCAGCCUGUUCAUGAUCCAUUAUCUUAACCGUGCGUUAAUUUCCCCUCUGCAAACACCAUCUCGCUCGAAGUCGCACAUCGUUGUGCCCCUCUCCGCUAGUAUGUUCAACCUUGCGAAUGGUGCCCUAAUGGGCACCUACCUCUCGUCUCCCGCUGCAUCUGCGUUUCUGGCGGGGGCCUUGUCUCGUCCUUCUUUCUGGGCUGGAAUCACAUUAUGGGCGUGUGGAUUCGCGGGAAACAUCUUGCACGAUGAAGUGCUUCUCGAUAUCCGCCGUAAAUCUAAAGCGAAAGGCAAACGCAGCGAGAACAAACUCGGAAAGGAGCACUAUGCCAUUCCCCAUGGUUACCUCUACAGAUACAUUUCUUAUCCAAACUACUUCUGCGAGUGGUCAGAAUGGUUUGGCUAUGCAUUAGCUGCUGCACCAUUCCCUGCUCUCAUGCCGCUCACAGAGACAAUGAGAACCAUCCAGCCCCCUUGGUUGUUUCUCUGGGCAGAAGUUUUGCUGAUGAUUGCUCGGGCAUACAAGGGCCAUCAAUGGUACCACAAGAAUUUUCCCGAGUACCCCAAGGAGAGGAAGGCUGUUGUGCCGUUUAUCUUUUAGGCUGCCGGGUCUAACACAGGCUCCUAAGAAGGACAGCUAUCAAUGUUCCAAGUUCUUAUAUCACCGUGUCAGCUUGUUUCACUACCAAGUUUUUCGUGAUGCUGCGGCCACUAGUAUUUUAUGAAUGUACGAUCUAUCAUUCAAAUUGUUCCAAAUCAUGGAAUUGAAAAAUGACAACAGUUACGUUAAUGCCUGA